CCGAUUCAUUGUUGUCAUCCAUCCAUCCAUCUGUCUGUCCAAAGCUACCUGUCCGUCUAUGUCUUUCUGCCUCACUGAAACACAGCAAAGGGACACAGGGAGAGAGCAACCGCCCCUCCCGCCAGCCGUACAAUGCUGCUAUCCACACACAUCCACAUGCAGACAGGCAGACAGACAGACAGGCAGCCACACGCUCAGGUCAAGGCACUCACUCUACAGCGCUAUCAUCCUACUACUCACAGGCGAUCAAAACACCCACGCACGCAAUCUAAUGCACCGAGAGAGAGAGAGAGAGAGAGAGAGACAACCAGACAGACAGCGAGACAAAAAAGUGUGAUGAAAAGAAGAGGCCGGUACAGCCACUACGAUGGAUGCUGCGAGGCCGGCUGUGGCUGCGUGUGUGUCGGGUAGCUUUGCCAUUUUAGACCGAGCCAUCCGACACACGCCCCCUCGCGAGCCAGCCAGCCGCCUGCCUACUUGCCGUCCUUGCCCAUCUCUUCUGUCUCUGUUUCGGCCUCUCCUCUCAAUGAGGUGCAUUCUUGAGGAGCAGGUCCUCAAUCAGUUUGAGGUCAUCGAGCAGCUUGGACUGGUUCUUAGGUUUCUUCGCCAGUUUCUCGAUCAGCUUCUGCAGGUCUUCCUUCUUCUUGGUGAGGUCCUCGGCGACCUUGCCCUCGAUCUUAGUGGAUAUCUUGAGCUCGUCGACGAGCGGCUCAACCAACUCGGUCAGGUCGACAUCCUUGAUGUUGGUCUUCUCGGGCAUCUCAGGGACAUCCUCCGGAUCGAUUUUGUCGGGUAGGAUGGCGUCGAUGGUCGUCUUGAAGUUGUCGAGGGUGGGGGUGCCCGGCUCGCCCUGGCCCCUCGCCCCGAUGGUGUUGAGCAGCGACACGACCGCUGUGAAGGACUCCUCCUUGAGCGUGUCGUCCAGACCGUUGAGGAUGUCACGCCCAAGCUGAACAAACAGACGACAGGGAGGGAGGGAGAGCAGGCAGGCAGGCAGGAUGUCAUAAUGUGUUGCUCUCUAGGUUGGUAGCCUGUCUGUGUGGGAUGUGAGGUGGUGGGGUGUGAUCGAUAUGGACACAUACGGACCUGUUGUGGCGCUGAGAGAGGAUUGAGAGUGAUGGCGACCACAUUCCUGACAAACGUGCGAAGGACGUUCAGGGCCUCGCCGGUCACCUACACGACACGACCACGGACAGUCCAUCACUGUACUCAUCGGACUCUCACAACCAACAGCAGGCCCCAUCCACGACGCUCACCUGCCCGAAUUCCUCGAUUGGCUGUGCCAAGCCCUCGAGGGACUUGGUGAUGGGAUCAGAGGCCGCGCUCUUGUUGGGCGGCGGCACAUUGCCCACUCUGGGCUCCUUGGACGGAACGAAAGGUGAGUUGGCGUCUUCCGUGGCAUCCUGCGACACGCUGUCCUUGCCAUCAUCGGUUGAGGUGUCGGUGCUGUCGUCAUCACCGGUGUCGUCGUCCUGCAUUCUGCGCCGCUGCUCGGCGGCCUUCCGGAACUCUGGAGUGCGGUACUUGUACCGAGAGAGCCGGCCGUAGUUCAUCACUCGCCAUAUGGCACCUGUUGAGGUGGACCGACACACAACACGUCAACAACACGUCAGUCAAUCAGCGCCAUUUGCUUGGUGUCUGCCCUACGUAGCUGGUCUUCUGGUAGUUUCAACAGCUGCCAGAAGUCGGGUUCUGUCCGCUGCUUCACUGGCGCAGCCGUCACGUGGUUGAGGAGCAGGAUGGCGGUGAAGCACGCCGCCACAAGCGACGCAGACUUCAUCUUGGGGCCGCUGCCUGCCCUUCACAAGCUGAUCGAUGUGUGUGGCCGUCGCGCAGAAUCCUCGC